CCGACGCCAGUCCGCGAAGGAUGUUGGCUCGAUCGAGUACCGUGAAACUUUUGCUCCUCGAAAAAUUCAGAUUUUCUCACACGAUUAUCGAUCGUCCUUUCCAAACGAUUAACUCCAUCGUUCGUAAAAUCAUUUCAAAAGUACCUUUGCUCAUCGAAUUGGACACGAAAUGUUUUCGUUGUAAUCUUCGAGCUGGUGUAACUCGUUCCCGAUGGAAGUUUUUUUUUUUUGACAGUCUCUUCUAGGAUAGUGAAGUGGAAUAUUUCUGAAUAACCGUACGGUGUUAAACGAUCGUAUCGUUUCUUGCGAACGGAAGCUUAGUCAUGGAAAGUUCUUUCGAGCGUACAAAGAAAUUGCUCGGUGACAUUUCAUUUCGCGGAUUAACUUGCCAAACACUGAUGUAUUUAUAGAGAAUUUAUUCAAGUUUAUGUAAGUAGGUGAAUUCCAGUGUGUGUAGUUUAGUGUCGAAUAUCGAAUAGCUUUGAUAAUUAUAGAAGAUUAAUUUUAUUCGUCGUGGAAUUCGAUUCAUAAUUCGAUUAUCCUUGGGAAUCGUUUCGACUUAUUAGAACACCGUCGCGACUUCUUCUUUAUUUUUUAUUAUUUUUAAAAUGAACGUCACGUUAUUUGCCUUGACUCGAAGCGUAAUUCAUUGGAGGAAAUCGUGAAUCAGAGAUAUCUCGAGAUAAUUAAAUUGAUGAUCGUUUUACAAUUUGCAAACUACGAAAGUUCUUUGCUUACGAAAAAUAGACAAAAUUAAAGUGUUCCAUUUUAAGUUAAGAUUCUCGGUAAUUAUUAUUUUUCAAACAGUUGUUACACAUGGAAAGAAACGCAAGGACAAACUCAUGGUUAAGCUAAUGUUACGUAAUUUAUCCAUUUAUCAUCCACUCGAGAAGGAGGCGGUAUAAUUGGCGGAUAAUUAAAAAAUUAGUUCGAUUAUCAAGAAAAAUCCAGUGCGUUUUUCUUUCCAUUGAAAAAUUCAUAGGUCGGCUUUGUAUCGAUUUCCUCUUAAGCGUGUACCCUUCGGUUUUGCUCGAUAUCUUGAUUUGUUCGAUAAAACCGUUACUGAUUUUUAUCGUUCCAUUAAAUCGAUGAAAAUCUCGAGGCAAUGAGCAAUAUUUAUAUUGGAAAUUAAACGAGAAAAAUCGUGAAUCAAUCCAGCCGAUACGAAUGAAAAUUAAUUAACAAGUAUCGUUAGAUUUUUUGUGAAAUUUCGACGAUAAACGGUAGUGUAUUCUGAUUUACUAUUUCCAAGACGAAUAACGUCGCUACUUAUAGAAUGACCCAAUAAUUAAACUUCAUUUUCAUCGUUAACGAGCAUAAAUUACGCUCAAUGAGACGGAAGAAACUGGUCACCGAUUUUAAUAACGAUUAUUUAAAACUGUGAAACGUUAUUUAACAUCGAACCGGUUCGUUCUGUUUAGCGAAUAGCAGGUUAACCGUUUUAUUAUAUUAUCUCGGGUAUCAGCUUCAAACAAGUGUUUAAUGUAACGAAGGUGUUCCGCUUGAAAAUUUCGCGAACAACCACGGAGAGAGACCCAUUCGAUAGAAGUUCGAGCGAUAGGAAGCAUCGAUAUCUGAACGUUCGUCGAAGGAAAAUUGAGAUAAUAUGUCGCAUCUUCGAGUGAAAGCUAAAUCGUCGAGCGGCAAAGGUCCCAAGAGAUUUUCUUCCCAUGGAGAAUAUCGGAAGAUACAGUUCGCCGCGUUGAAGGGCCAUUUAGAGCAUCGUCUUCACGAGACCUUGCACCGGACUGACUCGAUGGUAUCUCUCUGCUACCGAUCUCUUGCCAGCUAUAUCACAGACGAUAAUCUUGCUGGUCUGCAAAAUUUCCUCGAGAAUAAAAGAGUACAAAUCGAUGAUCGAGAUGAGAAUGGUAGCACAGCCCUCAUCCUUGCAGCAACCAAAGGAAAGAUCCAUUUUGUGCGGGAGCUUAUCAAUCAUGGAGCAGAAGUUAACGCAGAGGAUGGGGAUAAUUGGACGGCGUUACUUUGCGCUGCCAAAGAGGGUCACACCGAUGUUUGCCUCGAGUUACUCGAGCAUGGUGCCGACUUGGAACACAGAGACAUGGGUGGAUGGACGGCACUUAUGUGGGCGACGUACAAGGGUAGGUCACCAACGGUGACGAUGCUACUAGCUCGUGGAGCUGACGUCAAUGCACACGGGAAUUUUCAUAUAUCCUCGUUGUUGUGGGCUGCAGGCAGGGGUUACCCUGACAUUGUUAAAGACCUUAUUGCUCAUGGUGCUAAAGUCAAUGUCGGUGACAAGUAUGGCACUACGGCUCUUAUAUGGGCAUCCCGUAAAGGACACGUAGAAAUUGUAGACGCUUUAUUAAAAGCUGGUGCUAACGUUGAUACUGCUGGCAUGUAUUCAUGGACUGCACUUUUGGUGGCCACUCUUGGCAAUCACGUAGACGUGGUGCUACUCCUUUUGGAGCACAAACCAAACGUGAAUGCACUUGAUAAAGAUGGUUGCACAGCUCUUGCGAUAGCUUGUCGAGACGGACAUCAUGAAAUAGCAAACGCUCUCUUAAACGCUGGUGCUUACGUGAACAUUCAAGAUAGAUCCGGAGAUACAAAUUUAAUUCAUGCUGUAAAAGGUGGUCAUAGAGGAGUGGUGGAAUCUCUUUUGAAGAAGUACGCUGACGUAGACAUUGCCGGAAAGGAUAAGAAAACAGCAACUUAUAUUGCAGUUGAAAAAGGCAAUAUACCGGUAUUAAAAUUAUUAUUGAACGCCAACCCAGAUUUGGAGAUCGCGACGAAAGACGGCGAUACACCGUUACUGCGGGCAGUUAGGUCGCGAAAUGCAGAAAUAGUACAAUUAUUGCUAGACAAGAAGGCUAAAGUUUCAGCUACCGACAAAAAGGGCGACACUGUACUUCAUAUAGCCAUGCGUGCACGAUCAAAAGCUAUCGUCGAGAUACUAUUAAGAAAUCCGAAAAACAGUCAACUACUUUACCGUCCAAAUAGGCAAGGUGAGACCCCGUACAACAUCGACAUCAAUCAUCCAAAGACGAUUCUUGGACAAAUAUUCGGUGCACGACGUCUUAAUACUAACGAAGAUAACGAAAAUAUGCUUGGUUAUGAUUUAUACAGUAGCGCAUUAGCAGACAUUCUUAGCGAACCAUCGCUCUCAACGCCUAUAACUGUUGGCCUCUAUGCAAAGUGGGGUUCUGGCAAAUCUUUUUUGUUAAACAAAUUGAGAGAGGAAAUGAAAAAUUUUGCUCGUCAAUGGAUAGAUCCCGUAUUUCAAUUUUCUUUCUUAUUGUUCGCAGUAGUAACUCACGUAUCUUUGUUAGUGGGUACUACGAUAGGUCUUGCCUUGCAAUCGUGGAUCGUUGGUCUUGCAUCUGGUUUAAGUCUUAUUGUCGUUACGUACACCUUCUUAAUACUUGUCUGGUAUGCCAAUAAAAGGUACGAUUGGUACUGGCCGUACAACUUCACUGUAGCUCUAACGACAAAGUUGAAUUCAUUGAAGCUAUUGUUGCAAGUGAUUUUUUCACAUCCUCCUGGCAGUAGAGUUCACGACGGUGUCACUGUUCAGCCGAUAAAGUUUUACUUCACCGAUCAAACCCGAGUCGGUACAACUGCCGCUGGGGAAAACGCGGUGGUACAAAUGGUGGGAUCUCUUUACGAUUCUAUUGAGAACGACUUCGGUUCUUUAUCCACAAGAUUGUAUAGGGCGUUCAGACCGAAACCUGAUAAAUCAACUACAACAUGGAAAUGGAGACACCUUUGUUGCUUACCAUACAUAGUAAUAUUCGAAUUUUGCUUUUGCAGUUUGCUCGUUGGUAUCUCUGUACUUACAGUCUACCUCAUCGAUAUUUCUAGUAGCGAGCCAACAAUUGAAAGAGUUACUGCACACAUCAUAAUGAUAACCGUUGCCUUAAUACUAGCCGUUAGUAUAAUAGCAAACCUGUACACGUGGAGCCGAACGUUGCAAGCGCUUGUAUUCUCCCAAAGGCGUCACCUUCAACGUAGCAUAUCUAAGUUGGAGACGUUAAAGAGUGAAGGGUUUAUACAAACGUUAAAGAGCGAGGUUAAUUUAAUGACCGAAAUGGUCAAGUGUUUAGACAGCUUCAUGGCUCAACAAAGCAGAUUAGUAAUAAUUGUGGAUGGUUUAGACAGUUGUGAACAGGACAAAGUGUUGUUAGUUUUAGACGCGAUACAAGCAUUGUUCAGUGAUAAUGGUUAUCCAUUCGUUGUCAUAUUAGCAAUUGAUCCGCAUAUUAUUGCCAAGGCAGUGGAAGUCAAUAGUAGAAGAUUAUUUACAGAAUCAAAUAUCGGAGGUCAUGAUUAUUUACGCAAUAUGGUACAUCUUCCGUUUUAUUUACAAAAUAGUGGUUUAAGGAAGGUGAAAGUUGCUCAACAAACUGCUCAGCACAGCAGAAAAACCACGUGGACCGAAGCUGAAGAGAGCGUUAAUUAUACCACAACGAGUACAAUGCAUCAUUCUGUAUCUAACAGAAGGCUUAGCACAGAGUCUGGUAUAAUGAACAGCAACGAAAAACUGAAGCCGCAAAGUAGAAAGGGGAGUAGAAAGUUACGAUUAAGCGAAUCGAUCGCGAGUAGUAUCGGUAGCAAUUUGAAUCGAUUGGGUGGCGCCCAAGAUCUUAAUAAAAUGCUCCUUACCGACGAUUACUUUAGCGACGUGAAUCCUCGUAGCAUGAGAAGAUUGAUGAACGUUGUCUAUGUUACUGGGAGAUUGUUAAAAGCAUUCCAAAUUGAUUUCAACUGGUAUCAUUUAGCUAUUUGGAUCAACAUCACCGAGCAGUGGCCGUUUCGAACGUCAUGGUUAAUAUUGCAUUACGAUAUGUACGAAGAAACUUUAGACGAUAACAUGUCCCUGAAAAGUCUUUACGAUAAGAUACGACCUCAGAUUCCGGUACUUAGGGAAGUUCAACCUCUUUUAGAGAUGGACAGAGACGAACGCAAGUUGGAUAUUUUCUUAACCUUUCAUCGUUCCAGCUUACUCGUCAGUGAUAUGAAAAUAUUCUUACCGUUUACGAUUAAUCUUGAUCCUUAUAUUAAGAAGAAGAUAAAAGAAGAACAACAGAGCAUAGAAGAGGAAGCAGCCCUUGGACCGUACAAGCAAUACAGCCCUUGGACGUUACACGGAAAUGGCCACGAACAAUUGGGUAAAAGUGGAUUGACAAAUAGAAAUGUGAAAUUCGUCAGAACGCCUAGUUUGCAAGGACCCAUGCCGCCUGUACCAUCGACACCAUCCUGGUGUGUUCAACCAUCGUUCGAUUGGCAGCCUUCUCCUUGGAUGCAAAUGCCUCCUCCUCCUCCUCCGCCGCCUUCCAUGGAACCUAAGAUUAAACCACUUUCUGCAACUACAACUUUACCGUCCGAAAUUUUGGAGACGAGGCUUUCUUCCUUAUCAGUUAAUGGUGUUUGUGAUCUUAUCGAUAGAAUCGAAAGUUUGAGUUCUCAUCAUGCACCGCAGUACAAACAAGUUGUCAAAGAAAAUAAUAUUAAUGGUAGAGUUUUAUUACACUGUGACUUACAAGAGUUGAAGAAAGUUCUAAAAAUGGCAUUUGGGGAUUGGGAAUUGUUUCGUAUGGUUCUUGUAUCGCUUAGGGAAAUAGAACUUUCGUCUUUUAGUACGCACGAAGAAGCUUCCCGAAGCGUACGAUUUACUGUAGGUUCAGAACAAAUUCAACGGAAAGAUCACGCUUUGCAAAGUACUUCGAUACGUGUACCAACACAUGUUGAAAAAGAAAAAGGAAACUCGAGAACCGAUGGCGCACCCAGACGAGAUCAAACUAAACAGUCUAUUAUGGAGAAACAAUUUCAGGUGACCCUGGAGGAACAAAUGAUAUGCGGAGCGCUGCAAACGUUAAACGAAGAAGCUUGCGAAGAUGUAUUAGAUGUACCAUCUUCUACGGUAGUAUCAACAGACUCACUCCCAGGAUCUAACUCAGCGGCUCCUCAAGACACAGAUUAUGUGAUUCUUCAAUCUAAUCCACUUCUCCACUGGGUACCGGUUACCGACGAGCUUGAAACCUCGGACGAUAGUUCGUUCGAGUCCACGGUUCAUCUUCAACGUACAAAUUCGCAACGUAGUAUCACGUCUCAGCACAGUACCAGAUCAGCCUGUUCUUUUGGACGUAAAGAUAUGAGAAAAGGUGGAGGAAAUUCCAACAGUAGUAGACCUGUAUCUCUCGUUGUAUCUCCGCCGCCUUCUCCUAGACCUGCCUUUAGAUCCAAGUCAACAGAUGAGAAUUACGUAGCUAAUAACAUACCUAUGAGGUCGACUAUAUCAACACCGAUGAAGAAACGACGUUCCACGUCUACGUUAAACGACGAGAUUGUUUUAUCGGUUCCCGUACCGAAUUCCAGCCUGGAGAAACUAACGAAAUUAAAAGAUCGUUUAAUGGGAACGUUACCUGUUUCCCCUGCACCAGGAGAGAGCGAAGAUGAAUCUACACCAUUAGUAUCUGAAUUAUCUACCCCGACUCAUUCCCAGUCCGAUAGCGUGUUCAAACACGAUUGUAGCGAAGAAAAUAGUAGCUCGAUAUCAUCAAAUAAAAGCUUACCACGAGACGGGGAGAGAUCCGUCGACGUUGUCGAUUAUUCUGAUACUGUUAGCCUAAUGGUGAGAGAAUCUUCCCAGGUACGAUUCUUAUCACGACAAACUGCGGAAGAAUGGGACAAUCCCGAGACACCUGUUUGAUAUCUUUUAUUACACAAUCGUCAGCUCGGUGAUGUAUAAUAUAAUAAUCCAUGGUUAAUAUGUAUAUGAUGCGCCAAUGAUGGAAACAUUAAGUAAAACUGUACUUAAAACCCAAAGGUUUGUGAUAUAUUUUCAAAGGUAGAUACAAUUACACUGCAGUUGAAAAUUCUACUGUGUAAAUAAUACAUAGCAUUGCGUCGAACUUUUUAGAUAAAAUAUUUACAAGUGUUCAGAAAGAAUAAAUUUUACUUUUAAAUGAUGUCGAGGAUGACGCAAACCGUUUGCGGUAUGUUAGAGUUUUAAUUGUAAGAAGGGACAUGUGUAUUGGCAAAUAACAUUCCAUUAUAAUUUUAGCGCAUUUAUCGAUGCGAAUGUCAGUUUGUGAAAGUAGAGACUGACGUAAAAACAGAAAAUGUUUUUUUUUUUUAAUUUUAUCUUAUUGUAAACGUUUUCAUGCCGCUUGAUUGAUUUGUGUCUGUUGAGGAUGUAGCUGGUAAUGCAAUGCUUCAAACGGAUAAACUUUUAAAUAUUUUAUCACGCUGUAGAUAGGUGUGAAAUAAACGGUAACUAAGAAAUGUUAUCGUUUCUUUGAUACAUACUAUCACUCAUUUUUCAUACUGGUACAACUUGUCAGACAUAUAUAUUUUAACGAACAAACUAAUGCCGCUGAUUUAUAAUUGAUACGAGUGAUAACAUGUUUUGUGUUUAGAAAUACUCGUAUCAGCGAGAUAAAAUACUUUGUAAUGUAUUCAAUAUUAUAGCUAUAGAUUGACUUUUUUCCUGUGACAACAGGAAUGUUGUUAAAUAAUUAGUUACCAGUUUUUUAAAUUAUUUGUAACGUUUUAAUUUUAAUUGUAUGAAUACUUAAAGUUUUAGUGAGAAUUUUUUAUAAACUUACAAGGAACAUUAACAACUUAUACCAGUACUUUGAUCUUUAUUAACGUAAACUUUACAAAUGUUUGUAAUGUAAACGAAUUACGAAUCUUAGAAAUUAUGAAAAAGAAGGUCCUAUCAUUUUAGCUUUAUUGUAAAUGAUUCAAUGCCUAUUUCAUAAUAUAUGUAGAACAGGAUGGGAAACUAAACCAUCAAAAGAUUUACAGAAUUUUAAAGUACUUUUUUAUUAUAAAGCAAAAAUUAUAUAUAUAUAACAGUGUGUAUAUAUAAUACUUUAGGACGGAAUACAUUAGGGUAUUAGUUAAUAUUAGAUUGUAAACACAGGUAAUACAUAUAUUAGGUUUUCAAAUAAUAGUAUUAUAUGUACUUUGCUUAUUAAUAUUAAAUAUAAUAUAUUUAAAUACA